AUGGGAUAUAAUCAAUGCCAUGGAUAUUUUUGUCCAAUAAUCACGAUCAAUCCUUCUCAUGCUUCGCAACUUGAAAAUGUGGUUAAGAAUAAGACAGCUCAUAUUAGAAAGUUGAAUCUAUUUAUAAUUGCUACAGCGUUAUCAAUCAUUGUCAAAGCGCAAAAUGUUCUCCAUUUAGAUGUGGAAGCGGCCGAACGUCAAUACACAUUUCCUAGUGGUUGGGAAGUUCAUGAUUUAAGUCAAUUCAAAUUGACUCAAGUUGACUCAAGCUGA